CUGUCGGGUGCUGCUCGUUCAGUCUGGGCUGCUCGCAGCUGUCGCUUCCCGGCUGCGGGAUGUCACCGCCUCCACCCGAAUGCGCCGCCCUCGGCGUCCGGGGCGCUCGCAUUCCUGGCCCGGUGGUUCGGUCCGAGCUCCCGCUGCGGCUGCUACUGCUGCUGCUUUGGGCGGCUGCAGCUACCCAAGGCCACCCGAGGAACGUACCCCGCAUCUCCACUGUCUGGAAAGGCCGCACAGGGAAGGACCAGGUGGAAUUUGGCUCAGCAGAGCCGCACACAGUGCUUUUUCACGAGCCAGGCAGCGAUUCUGUAUGGGUGGGUGGACGCAGCAAGGUCUAUCUCGUCAACUUCCCCGAGGGCAAGAACGCCUCUAUGCAAACGGUGAACAUUGGUUCCACGAAGGGGUCCUGCACAGACAAGCGGGACUGUGAGAACUACAUCACGCUCCUGGAGAGACAAGGUGAUGGGCUGCUCGUCUGUGGCACCAAUGCCCGGCGCCCCAGCUGCUGGAGCCUGGUAAAUGGCACUGUGGAGUCGCUUGGUGAGAGAAGAGGCUAUGCUCCCUUCAGCCCGGAUGAGAACUCCCUUGUUCUGUUUGAUGGGGACGAGGUAUACUCCACAAUCCGGAAACAAGAAUAUAAUGGAAAGAUCCCACGGUUCCGGCGCAUCCAGGGUGAGAUCGAGCUGUACACCAGUGAUACCGUCAUGCAGAACCCACAGUUCAUUAAGGCCACUAUUGUGCACCAAGAUCAGGCCUACAAUGACAAGAUCUACUACUUCUUUCGGGAGGACAACCCUGACAAGAAUCCGGAGGCUCCUCUCAACGUGUCCCGGGUGGCCCAGCUGUGCAGGGGAGACCAGGGUGGUGAGAGUUCGCUGUCCGUCUCCAAGUGGAACACCUUCCUGAAAGCCAUGCUGGUGUGCAGCGACCCCACUACCAACAAGAACUUCAACAGGCUGCAGGAUGUCUUCCUACUCCCUGACCCUAAUGGCCAGUGGAAGGACACUAGGGUCUACGGCAUUUUCUCCAACCCCUGGAACUACUCGGCUGUCUGUGUAUAUUCCCUUGGUGACAUUGACAAGGUCUUCCGCACUUCCUCGCUCAAGGGCUACCACACAGGCCUUCCCAACCCUCGGCCUGGCAAGUGCCUCCCAGACCGGCAGCCGAUACCCACGGAGACCUUCCAGGUGGCCGACAGUCACCCUGAGGUGGCACAGAGGGUGGAACCCAUGGGGCCUCUGAAGACUCCACUGUUUCACUCUAAGUACCACUACCAGAAAGUAGUUGUCCACCGCAUGAAGUCCAGCCACGGGGAGAUCUUCCAUGUGCUUUACCUAACCACAGACAGGGGCACCAUCCACAAGGUGGUGGAGUCGGGGGAGCGGGAACACAGCCUCAUCAACAUCAUAGAGAUCCAACCCUUCCGCCAUGCGACCACCAUCCAGGCCAUGUCACUGGACGCUGACCGGCGGAAACUGUAUGUGAGCUCCCAGUGGGAGGUGAGCCAGGUACCCUUGGACCUGUGUGAUGUCUAUGGUGGGGGCUGCCACGGCUGCCUCAUGGCUCGAGACCCUUACUGUGGCUGGGACCAGGGCCACUGUGUUUCCAUCUACAGCCCCCAUAGGUCAGUGUUGCAGUCCAUUAAUCCAGAAGAGCCACACAAAGAGUGCCCCAACCCAAAGCCAGAGGAGGCCCCACUGCAGAAAGUCUCCCUGGCCAAGAACUCACGCUACUACCUGAGUUGCCCCAUGGAGUCCCGCCACGCCACCUACAGGUGGCGCCAUGGGGAGAAGGUGGAGCAGAGCUGCGAGCCAGGUCACCAGAGUCCCAACUGCAUCCUGUUCAUCGAGAACCUCACGGACGGCCACUAUGGCCACUACUACUGCGAGGGCCAGGAGGGGUCCUACCUCCACAAGGCUCAGCACUGGCAGUUGCUGUCUGAGGAUGAAGCCAAGGCUGAGCAUCUGCUGGGCCGAGCCCAGGCCCUUGUGGCCCUCCUCUGGCUGGGGGUCCUGCCCACACUCGUUCUUGGCCUGCUGGUCCAUUAGGGCCUCCUGGGGCCGGGCAUGCUGCAUUCUUCCGCAGCCCCAGAGCACUAGAAAAGUCACACCCAGAGCUGCCCUGCCCAGGAGCUCCUUGCCUGCCACUGCUUCCAGGGGGACUGCGUAGCCCGAUGGGGAACACCAGGCCUGGAGAUGGCCAGCAGCAGGCAGCUGCUGGGCCCAGGUGGGGCGUGGGCGGUGGGGUCUGGAGAAUGAAGGAGCCGACUGUGAAGCUGGGACAUCGAUGGUGCAAGACUUUAUCUUCUGGAGACUAUUUUUCAAGAACUCAAACUGGACCAAAUGUAGUGAUGUUCUUGGCCUAAGAGCCUGUGGGCCAGAAAGGGGUUGGGAAAAGUGAGCUGGAACCUCGUCUCUGGACCUUUGAGCUGAGGCCUGAGUCCUUUUGGAUUCUCUGUACCCAAAUUGCCCCCUCAUCUUCCUUCCUGCCAUGGCCAGGGGUGGCUGGUGUUCCCGCAGGCCCAGGGCUGCCCUCUGUGGCCCCCUUGCCAGCUCUGGGUCCCACUAAGGCAGCCUCUUUGCAUGUUUAUUGAAGGAUGUUUGCUUUCCGGACGGAAGGACGGAAAAAGCUCUAUUUUUAUGUUAGGCUUAUUUCAUGUAUAGCUACUUCCGAUUGCAUCUGUAUGAAAAUACCAAAACUACAUGCUGGGGGUGGGGUGGGAGAGGGAGGGGCUGGGAAGGAAUGGGUUAUGGGGGGUCCCAGUGUGAGGCUCCUGGAAUGAGAUAAGAGUCCAGGGACGUGGUGGCAUGGGUUUGAGGAGAUGGCAUGAGCUGGCUCUGCCCCGGGAGCCCAGGCUGAGGGGGAUGUUGUCUAAGCCCCUGGUUCGGGGGUGGUUAUGGGAGGGGGUGGGUGAGGGAGACAGGGGAGAAUGAAGGAUAAAACUGAGCCCUAGGUUCACACGUUCAUUUAGAAGGAGUCAGGUCCUCAGGGGGAGGUUCCAGGACUCUGCCCUUGGUAUUGGGGGUUGGGGGGUGGGGGGGCCCUCCCCUCCCCUCAGCCCUCUUCCCCAGGGGCUGUGCUUCCAUGCUCCUAGCCUCCCACCUUCAGCUCAGGACAUGCUAUAACUUAGGCUAAACUGUGAAUUCUGGUGGGGACAGCCUGGGCCAAGCUCUCUAGGUGGGUGGCUCUGUCCCAACCCUGUCCAUGUAUUUCAGCAGAGAGCUGGGCCUUCUCUGCCAUGUUUGGCCAGCCCAGGGCAGGGCCUAGGGCCUGUGGCCUUCCAGCUUUGGCCCCUGCAUCUCUUCUCAAUGCACUUUAAUGAUGUAACAUAUUACUAAUAAACAAGCUAUUUAUUUA